GCCGGUCCACUACGGGCUGGUGGACGGCAGUUGGGGCCGUUGAGAGGCGGCGGCUCUGCACGUGGGGCUCCGGAUGGAGGCGGCGCCGGACCCCGGGCCGAGGCUCUGCUGCAAGCCUGGUGGUCGGCUGGACAUGAGCCACGGCUUCGUGCACCAUAUCCGUCGGAACCAGAUAGACCGGGACGACUACGACAAGAAGGUGAAGCAGGCGGCCAAGGAGAAGGCGAGGAGGCGGCACACGCCCGCGCCGACGCGGCCCCGCAAGCCCGACCUGCAGGUUUACCUGCCGCGACGCCGAGAUGGCUCUACCCGCCAAGUCAACCCAGACUAUAAGGAGUCCGGUGAAAGUAGCAGUAGUGGUGGCUCCGAGCUGGAGCCCUCUGGCCAUCAGCUCUUCUGCUUAGAGUACGAGGCGGACAGUGGAGAGGUCACAUCAGUUAUCGUGUAUCAGGACGAUGACCCAAGAAGGGUGAUUGAGGAGGUGUCAGCACACACGCCUCUGGAUCCUCCCAUGAGAGAGGCCCUCAAGUUGCGCAUCCAGGAGGAGAUGGCAAAGCGCCAGAGCCGACACUGACCAAGCUGAAGGUGCUCCCUCCAGGCUGGAUUCACUGUAUUCAGAAGAUUUCUGCCCGGGGAAUUUACCCCUCUUUUAGGGAUGCCAGGAGCAGUCUGUCUGAUCUUGAGCCCCCCAGAGCUGGUGCUUCCACAAGGGUGUUUACCGGGCUAUACUUGGCCCACCUUGCAGACAUUCUUGUAUGUCAGCUCAUUUUCCCAAUCUAAUAUUCUGGAACAUUUUGAGACUUUCAUUUGGCUAACCUGGUGUACUGGAAGCAGAGACUUCAGGGAGGGCAAGGGUUUAUGAAGCUGCUUUCUCACUGAGAUCACAUGCUUAGCUGCUGCUGUUCACUGAGUUUCAUGAGCCAUGCUUGUCAUUUUAUGGUUCUUUUCUUUCGUGCUUCUAUGUUUUCCUAGACCUGUAUUUCAGCUCUGUUUCUCUAUUCUUGCCUUUCCCUAAUCUUUUUGCCUCAGGUGUAAUCCAUCAGUUCUUCUCCCCCAACAUGACUGCACCUCAAACUGUCCUACACUUUGGAGGUAGGAGGUUGUGGGGAUUUACCUUUCUAACCAGCUCUCCAAGUAAUUCCGAUACCAGUAAAAUGGGAGACCUUCAGGGGUUUUUUGGUUUCUUUGGCAGCUGGCCUUGACCUUGGUGUUAUAACACCACUCUGUAACCAACUGAGCUAACCAGCCAGCCCUGAGAGCUUAGUUUUUGAAGCCUGCUUGCAAGUAUAUCACCCUCCCCUUCCAUGCCUUUUUCAAGCUUCCAGCAUGCUCCACAGUUUUGCACUGUCUAGGUGGGAGAACUAGGACGAUGUCAGAGCUAAACUGCAAGGAUUUCUUGUAGCAAAACCUGCCUUGGCUAGGGCUGUGGAAUUCCAGCUUUUAACCUCAUUUUUACCUGUGAACAGACUGUCCUCUGCCCAGACUAAAAGGGAAUUAUCAAAACAAGGUUGGAACUGACUGAAGUUGUGACUAAACAGUCUUAAACACACAUACAAAGAGAAAUUCAACAUUAGCAAUAAUUGCCUGAUUGGAGCCUUAGCUGCAAAAAAGAAAAGUCCUGAACUACACCCCAGAGGGAGUGAAAUGAGCCCUUCUUGCCUGCCUUAUGCCCCCUCCCCUGCCCUGUGCUUUCUCCUUCCUACCUCCCAAGAGUAUGUAACUCCGAUCUUUACAGCAAAAAUCCCCAGGAACAGCAUUGCCAUCACCUAGUAAACACUUUUUCUUUUUUUUUUUGUCUUUUUGUGACCAGUAAGGGGAUCGCAACCCUUGGCGUGGUGUCGCCCGCACUGUGCUCAGCCAGUGAGCGCACAGGCCAUUCCUAUAUAGGAUCCAAACCCACGGCGGGAGCACCGCUGCGCUCCCAAGCACUGCACUCGCCCAAGUGCGCCACAGGGCCGGCCCUAGUAAACACUUUUUCUAAUGCAGGGUUAGGCUAAGGUCUGAAGUCCACAAGACAUUCUGCACAUUGAACUUUCGAGGCACUGCAAAUCAGCCUAACCUCAGUGCUUUGAAAUAUAGGGUUUAAGUGAGCCUAUGAUCAGUGAGACUUCCUAAAACCAAAACCGCCUGCCCCAGAGCUUUCUCCACCUCAGGGUCACAAGAUCAGUCUGCUAUUUCAUCUCAGCAGCUUUUCUCUUACAGGUAUUGUUAGUUUGUGCCCCCUCAGAAAUGGAGUGCAGCAACUACUACAACUAUGCCAUUAAAACACAGCAAGCCACAGCUUGCAGUGCAGAAGGAUGCUGGGACAGUGAAGGAGGUGGGUAAGUUAGAAGGGUUUAGUUGUGAUGGUGACCAAGGACCAGAGUGCUCCAAACCCACGGAGCUGAUCCAAUUUGCCAGUUCUGGCUCAGUUCCUUCAAAGGAGAACAUCUUUGCCCUCUACUUAUGCAACUGAACUAGAAGUGCCUUUAACUUAUAAUGUUAACUACUCUCCAAAGCCUUCUGAGUCAGGGAGGAUCUGCCAACUACCUGCCCCCACCCCCACCCCCACCCAUUCUUCUUGCAGGUCAGAGGACCAGUGAUUUUAAUCUUCCAGCUCUCUGACUGAUCUUAUGACUUGCAACAUAGGAUGUCACUGGAACUCUUUGGCUUCUUAGUCUGGAAAUACUUUUUGAGUCUGUCUUACAGCUGGGUCACCUGUUUCCUGGUUUUAUUACAGAACUUAGGAAGAACACCUGAAGAGGAGUGUAGGGGCAUGGCACCGGAUUCCAUUCUGGUUUUGUGUGAAGGAAAGCGUUUAGUAUGCAACUGUUGUGUUCUUCUAUGUGUUUGUCUUGUAAUCCUCACAAAGGUCCUCUCAGGUAGGAGACUGAUGGAAAUACCUUGCUUUUAAACUUUUUUUCAUUGAGGCACUUUGCUUCAAGUGCAUAUAUUUUCCACCCAGGAAAAAUUACUAAUUUAUGCAGUAUGACUGUAUAAAUCACUAAGCCUUGUACUUAAAUGAAAAGUUGUCCUUCAUAGCUGGCCUAUUGGCGGUGAUGCUCCCGUUUCUUUAGGUAUGCCUGAAAACCCUCUCUGAGGAUGGCCCUCAGCCAGUUAACGCCCUUGUAGCUCAGCCUCUUGCUUACUGCCCACCCCGCAUUGGGGUCCAAGAUGGUACUAUCAGUUUAUUCACUAGACCUGCCUCUAGACAUUUUUCACCUGUUUGGAAAAUCGGUACUUUACCAUCAAGGAACAUGUUUCAGAGCAUUUCCCACAGGCUCUAGAGAUUUCCCAAAAAGGACUGUCCCAUGCUGUGUGGUUCAGUGGCUACUGCAUUGGACUAAGUGGAACUUUCCAGCAGGCUGCUUCAGAACCAAUAAUAUUCAUUUGACUAGGUAUGUUCUUGGCUAUCUUUAAUAACAUCUGAUACCUCUUGAUAGGCAUAUCAUGCCCAUUUAAUAUGGAGUGUUCUUCCCUCACUGAACUUAAGCCUGGAUUUUAAGGCUUUGUGUUUCUUGGGCCAUUGUGUGUAAUGUUACUGAGGGAAGGAAGCUGGGUUUGCAGGGGCUUUGGGCUAUGCAAGAGUAAACAGUAAAGCUUGAGUUGUAGCCAGUUGGCAAGCAUGAAAGUCUUUGAAGAAUAUAAUGCCAGAAGGGAAAAGAAGAAUGUAAAGCUCUUUGUACCAAGCGAGAGUAGGAGCCUCUGGAGCCCGACCAGUCAGUGGGCCCAACAUGGGCAAUAACAAGUGUUUUCCCCAUGGAAGAGCCUCUGAAAGAGACAUUCUAUCUCCAUGGUCCACUCUGAGGGUCAAUGCCAAUUAGAUAUUAGCCCAUGCAGGUGGGAAGGAAGCCCUUUUGGGGUGGUGACUAUCCAACCUGCUGUGUUUUUGGCAGGAUAGUGAGUGAUAGGGUAGUGGAUCCCCAACUGGCUCACAAAUUUAAAUGAGGCCUUUGUGUAUAGAGAAAGGAAUAGGGACAGAUUACCUUCCUACCUCUGAGCCUUCUUUUGGGAAAAUCACCAUGGAAUGUUAACAAUUAUUUGAAAUAUUUUAAACUCCCUCCUUGAAUUCCUGUCCUUUCCCAGAAGAACGUGAUGGCCAACAAGAAGCCAUAGGCACCCACCCCAAAUUUCUCCAGGAGUUACAGUGAAGCUAGAAUGAAAACCUACCAAGUAAACUCCUCUGCCUUCUCAAAGCCAACAGAAUGAGAGACUGAGUGGACUGGUUGUGCUGUGGAGUAAAUGUAUAAAAAGCCAUACGUUCUUCCAUUUUCUCAUUUCUUAUGUUUCUGUUGUGUAACACAGAUGAAUAAAAUGAAGUGUACAAAUUAUUUGAAAAUCCCAGAAGGAAGGUAAUAUCCAAAUACAGUAUUUAACCAAUAAACUAUUUCUACAGCA